AUGUCGACUCUGACGUCUAUCUGCCAGGCUUCAGAGAAGCUUUGCCUCUACAUCCAGAUUGUCUUUGACCUUGAAAUCAACACUUCUGUGCUGCUCCCCAACCUAAUAUCCGGGUUCAGACAACAGCAGCUCGGCUCCAUCGGUGUGAUCCAGGACCUUCUGGGUUCAGUCCUGGUUUUGACUAAUGGUCUGGUUCUCCUGCUGUCUGCAGCGCACUGCCAUCGGCCUCACUCCGACUGUCACCUCCUGGUGUAUCUGGACGCAGGUUUUUCCGCAGUCUGUGUGCUGGUUUUGUUCUCCACGGCGCUGCCGAGGCUGCUGCGCUACGGGCUGCUGGUGCUGCAGGCGACGCCGCUGCAUCUCUCCGUGGCUCAGGUGCGGCUGAGGCUCACUGGAGUCCCAGGUGUGCUGUCGGUGCACGAGCUGCAUGUGUGGCAGCUGUCGGAGGCGCUGCUGGUGGCCUCGCUGCACGUACACUGUCCGGCCGGGCUGAACGCAGCGCAGUGCGCAGAUCUGAUGGAGAGGAUCACAGCAGCGCUGAACGCUUUCGGCAUCAAACACUGCACCGUGCAGCCGGAGUUCAUCCGGAGCGAUGCCACGGCCUGCAGUUUGAGCUGUGCGCAGGAGUGUGUGGAGAAGCUCUGCUGCUCCCCUCAGGGGGAAGAAACCAGCUGUCCCAAGACAGAGAGUCCUGUUUGUGUCCAGGAGGAGGAAUCCUGCUCUCCAGCGCCGCACAGUGUUGAUCAGAUUAGAGAUGUGGUUAUUGAGAACACGUACCUCUGA